ACAUUUGCAGGGGUGUAUAUAUAAUGUCGAAGUAUAAAGCCUUCGAGCUGUAUUCAUACGCAUACUCGGUCCUAUUGAUUUUCCACCAUUUUUACCUGUGAAUUGGCCUCUAUUUAUUUGUGGGAGUUGUUCGGAAUACCUGUUAUUUUGCCUAAAUAGAAUUGGAAUAGACCAUCAUGAGAAAACCUAGAACAGGUUUCAUUUUGAUUGGCAUCACAGCUGCUCUCUGUUUAACCAUGUUUGUCUACUUUGAUAAGAGAGAACGCAAUCUUGUAAACAUGAUAUUGCGACAGAACCACGCAGCAUCUGACACACACGACCCUAUAUUUGUCGAUAAAACGAGGAACUCGAACAUGAAAUACUCAAGGGACGAAAACAUGGAUGACGAGGAAAAGUGGAACAAUGAUCAGUCCGCUUCUGAGAAAUAUUCCAGAAAUGUUUUAGUGGAUAAGGGAAUAAAUUUGAAGCUGCAACUUCCUCUUAAAGGACAAACAUUUAACCCAGUUGUUCGAGGAUUUGUGGAGCAAUUGAAACGGAAAGGGGAAGUGGCAAAAGACGUCGAAAUCGAGAAUAUUGGUCAAUACGCCAAAUCCCAUUUACAAUUAAGAGAUACAGAUCUAAACGCAAAAGAACUGAAAAAUAUAAAAAAUUGUAAAGCAACCAGCAAGCAGGACUAUCAAAAGAACUAUGGUGCAUUCUUUGGAGGUGAUCAUGGAAGAUUACAGAACAUUCGUAGAACACACCAUACUUACUUGGACGAGACAAAAUUCAUGAUAGAGGUCGGAGGAAACUGGGGUUGGGAUGCAGGGAAUUUCUCAAAACUCUACAAUAUGAACUAUCUUAUCUUAGAACCAUUAACACCUUACACUGAUAUUCUUGAGAAGAAAUUUGCGGGAAACGAAAAAGUCAGUAUAUACAAUGUCGGUCUUGGUUCAGAUAACGAAGUAGUUAUGGUUAACCUUGAAGGGAACAACGCAUGCGCAACGACAAAGUUUUCAAAAAAGAACGGAACUGUUCCCAUCUACAUUGUAAAUGCCAUUGACUUCCUAACAGAUUUAGGCGUGGGAGUUUAUGAAUUGGAUUUGCUGACCAUGAACUGUGAAGGCUGUGAGUUUGAGGUUCUGGAGACUCUCGUCAAGUCGAACCUCAUAGAACGAAUCCGGAAUAUUCAGUGGGCCACUCACACACAAGUCAGCAUCCCAAACCCCUGGGAGCGAUACUGUCGCAUUCAUGAGCUACUGAAACGCACACAUCGACCCACAUAUCAGUACAAGUUUAACUGGGAAAGUUGGCGAAGGAAGGAUAUCAAGUGAAAAUUCACUUAGAGCAAGAAUUGUGAUUAAAAAACUUCACUUUCGUAAAUCACAAAGAAGUGUAUAGGAAAACCUCUCUAGAGUGAUAGUAUAGAAAUAUAUAGGAAAAUAAAUUCCUUAUAACUUUUUUAUGGUUAAAUAUUGUGAAAAGACCUUUUUACAUUUCGUUUUUUUUAAUUUGUUGUAUUUUGAUAACACAGGAAUUUUUCAAAGAUAGCAAAAUUCGAUUGUUUUCUUUAAGAAUAAACCAUAAUUGACAUGCUAUUCAGCUGUUUACAUGGUAUAUAACAGAGAAACAAUUCAAACUUAGCUAAAGCAUUGAGUUUAACUAAGAUUCUAUUAUUUUUUCUUGUUUAAAUGAAAUAAGAAAAAAUAACAUUUUAACAUUACUUGAAAAUAGUGGCAAAUAUUAGAUAAUCGAAUUUUAGCAAAAAUAUUUCCCAUCUUUACCUGUAAAUAUGUAUGUUUUUUUUUAUACAUGUGUAUCUACUUCUAUAUGUAAAAUAAAGUGACCACAGCUUUUCACAAUAAA